UUUUCCUUCAUGAUAUACAUUUCUGUCUCUGCAGGGUACCUACUACAGACUCCCCAUCUGAUCACCCAGUGGGAUCAAGGAGAGGACCUACAGUCAGUGAAGAGAGGACUUGUCCAGGACACCUGUACUGUGGAGCAUCAGGAAGGUUUCAAGACUCAACUUAAUACUAAUGAAUUAGUUGUUCAUGAUAUUGUUGGACAAAAAAUAUCCAAUGAACAGAAAAUAGUAGGCUUGAAAAGAAAUGGUUCCUGUUCCUCUAUUAUUUUACAUGAUAACAGGGAAUCCCAUGAUACUGAUCAUGACAGCAAAAGUCAUGAUGGACAUUUGAGAAGUCACACGUUGGAGGACAUAUAUGAAUGUAAUGAAGAAAAUCAAUGCACACAAAUUACAAAUAUUAAUAUGCUCAACAGAGCUACUGAAGGAAAAUCCUAUGAAUGCCAUGAGUGUGGAAAGGCCUUCAUGUUCCAUUCAUCCCUCAAGAAUCACAUUCGAUCUCAUACUGGAAACAAGCCCUAUCAGUGUAAGGAAUGUGGGAAAGCCUUCCAUUUUCUCGCUUGUUUUAAGAAGCAUAUGAAGACUCCUACUGAGGAGAAGCCCUACGAAUGUAAAGAAUGUACCAAAGCCUUCAGUUGUUCCUCAUUCUUUAGGGCACACAUGAAGAUUCAUAGUGGAAAGGGAAGCUAUGAAUGUAAGGAAUGUGGGAAAGCAUUCAGUAGUUCUUCAUACCUCACAGAGCAUAAAAGAAUCCACAGUGGAGAUAAACCCUAUGAGUGUAAGGAAUGUGGGAAGGCCUUCAGUUGUUCCUCGUCACUCUCUAAACACAAAAGAAUCCAUAGUGGAGACAAGCCAUAUGAAUGUAAGGAAUGCGGGAAGGCCUUUAGUUCUUCCUCUCACCUCAUAAUACACAUAAGAAUCCACACUGGAGAGAAGCCUUACGAAUGUAAAGAGUGUGGGAAGGCCUUCAGUGAAUCCUCAAAACUCACUGUACAUGUGAGAACACAUACUGGAGAGAAACCCUAUAAGUGUAAAGAAUGUGGGAAAGCCUACAAUUGCCCCUCCUCCUUAAGUAUCCAUAUGAGAAAACACACUGGAGAGAAACCCUAUGAGUGUCUCGAAUGUGGAAAAGCCUUCUAUCUUCCUACUUCCCUGAAUACACAUGUGAAAAAUCAGAGUAGAGAGAAACCCUAUGAGUGUAAGGAAUGUGGGAAGGCCUUCAGUUGCCCUUCAUCCUAUAAAGUACACAUGAGAGAACAUGCUGGGAAGGUACAAUACGAAUGUAAGGAGUGUGGGAAGGCCUUUAGUCGUUCCUCUUCCCUCACUGAACACUUGAGAACUCACAGCGGAGAGAAGCCGUAUCAGUGUAAGGAAUGUGGGAAAUCCUUCAUUAGUUCCUCCCAUCUCACAGUACAUAGAAGAACUCACACCGGAGAGAAACCUUAUGAAUGUAAGAAAUGUGGGAAGGCAUUUAUUUACUUCUCGGCCCUUAGCAUCCACAUGAGAACGCACACUGGGGAAAAGCCGUAUGAGUGCAAGGAAUGUGGGAAAGCAUUUCGGCACUCUUCGUAUCUUACUGUACAUGCAAGAAUGCACACUGGAGAAAAACCCUUUGAGUGUCUAGAAUGUGGAAAAGCCUUCAGUUGUCCCUCAUCCUAUCGACGACACGUGAGAAGCCACACGGGAGAGAAGCCAUAUGAGUGUAGGGAAUGUGGGAAAGCCUUUAUUUGCCCAGCCUACUUUCGAAGACAUAUGAAAAUUCACACUAGAGAAAACACAUAAAUGUAAAGAAUAUGGGGUGCGUGGAAGGCUUUUCUAAUCAGGCAGUUUACACAGUCUCAUACUGUAACAACACCUUAUGAAUGUGACACAAGUAGAAGAUUGUCCCUCAUCCCUUUGAAGACUUGAGGACACCUGAGAAGUCCUGUGUGUGUAAACCAUGUGGUAAAGCAUUCCUGAGUGUUGCUUCACUUGUGUACAAAAAUGUUCAUACUAGAAAUAAGAUAAGUUCCUCACUAUUAAAAAGAGACUGC